AGCUUGAACCGCAGCUUCUCCUCCAGGUCAGGGAAGUCUCUCAGCGGUGUGUUGGAGAUCUGGACGUUGGAAAGCGCUCGGGACUGCUCCGCCAAGUUCCCAAGAGAUACCAUCAGAGGGCUGCAGUCUGCCAACACACUCCUCCAUACUUUCUGAUUGUUUUCAACACUCUGGAAGCUUUUCUUCAGGGCUUGGUGAAGGGGAAGAAGUGCAGCAUUUUAAAUGUGAGGUAGUGUUAGCUGCUAACAGCAUCACAUUGCUACCAUGUUGCCUGAACCCAUUUCCGGCCUCCUGAUGUAAACACUGACGUCUACUGCUGCGAUUGGUUGAGAAUAAUUUUGGUGACGCAAAGAAAACACGCGUUCUGAUUGGCUGACCGAACGACUGGCCCCUCCCUGCGCGAACAUUUGAAAACGGCUUCCUGAGGGAGGAAGAAAGAGACCGAAGAAGAAAAGCAACACACACCAAACAGACAUGGCUCCCAGGAAAAGAACCACCAAACAACGGAAAAACAACCCCAAGACGGCCAAGUUGGAGGCCUUUCUGGAGGAUUUCGACAGCGAAGUGAAGACCAGAGUGGGGCAGCUGAAAGAGAGGAUCAACCAGCUGCUGAAAGAUGUUGACAACAGCUACAACAUGGCACUAAUUAAGCUCCCCAAAGCCAUCAGGCAAACGCCCUGGAUAGAACAUUUCAAUUCUGAGAAACCAAAGUCUCCAGAAGUGGAUAAUAAAAAGAGAGAAGAGGAAGCUGCUAUUGUUGACAGUGUUGUGGCUGAGGACCACGCCGUCCUUCUGAAAUCAGUCAAGAAAAUGUCCAAGAAAAAAGGCAAAUCCGGUUCAGAGGAUGAAAACAUCCCGAGCACCACAAAGAAGGGAAAAGCAACAAGGAAACCUCCAACUACAUCAAAAAGAGCAAAGGCACUGUCAGUCAGCAAGCAGAACACCUCCAUCAGACGAUCUAGCAGGAAGCCUUUGGUCACUCCUGCCAGGAGUAUGCUGGAUUCUUCUUUGAUGAUGGGCCCCACUCCCCUCGUUACCCCGCGCUUUGACCCAAGGCUUCCAAAGACCCCCGCUGUGAGGAUUCCUCGCCACAAAGAGAGGGUUUAUAGCAUUUCAGUCAACGGCUCUCCCAUCUCAUCAGGAAACAGCGACAUUGUCAUCAACGUCCCCAUCGGCAACGGAGAGAGCCUCCAGCUGUUGGCCAGUCAGAUGGACUCGGUGGACCUGUCUCUACUGGAUGAAUCUGCUCUGAGGAGCAUUCGGCUGCUGCAGAAUCGCCUCACAACCCUUUGUGCAACAUCCGAGUGACCUGUCUAUCUGCUGUCGACUUGUACAUUACUUACAUAAACUUUAUCUUUAUUUCUUUAUUUUAAAGCGUUGCUUCCUCUCCUAUCACAUGGUUUGAGGUUUGUUGUUUUUUUACUGAUAGGUGAGAUUUUAAAAGAUGUAACAUGCACAGAUUCUUAACAUAACCAUAUUUUGUCAGUAUAUUGUUUUACUGGAUGUAGUUUUCUUAAAACACAGAUAAUGAAAGCUGUCAAAUAUAUAAAUGAGGAUUUAGGUGUGUUAUUUUACCAUUUGCGCAUUCACUUUUAUAAGAGUUGUUCUUUGAUUUUCCUAUGAAUGUUACCUUCUGCUUUUGUAGCUUUAGGUUUAAUCCCUGGGGGAAUUUUGCCUAAUGUCCGUUUCAUUUUUAGUGCUUUUUCAGUGUUUUCUUCCUGUCCAGGAUUUUAGUUAUCCUACAAACCUUGUAAGUCCGUGAAGUGACAGAUCUGUACUCCACAAAUAUGAUUUAGUGUUCAUACUUUGAUUUGUAAGUAAUCUUACAUUUUUUGUGUGCUUCAUUUUGUCAUACAUGUACAUAACCUCACUCCUUAUCUUCAAAACUGAUAAAGGAAUUUGACCACA